CUAUGAUUAGACAAGUUUAAUGGACUGAUCCUACAGCACCUUCGUCUUUAGCGUAUUUUUACCUUUCUUUGAGUAUCUGCAUUUGAAGCUAGCUUCUACGAAAUUUCGUUUUGUUUCCACCUCCUCGUUUGUUUCGAUGAAAGUUAAGAAAUAACUAAAAUUACAAGCGACAAUAAAUUCUACAUAAUCAUCAUUGCAGGCAAAGCACUGGAAAAAAAUAACUGCACAGAGAAAGAAGCAACUCAUGGAGAUCAACUUGCAGGGAAUAUGUCAGCAAGUGUUGCUGCUUGCUGUAAUAUUAGCAGCAGCAACAGCUCCACAGGCUACAGCCCAAGCCAAGCCCAGAUGCCCAGACCAGUGCGGGGACUUAAAUAUCCCAUUCCCGUUUGGAACAAAGGAAGAAUGCUAUCUAAACAAAGAUUUCCUAAUAACAUGUAAUAAUGCCUCAAAAGCAUUCCUGGGUGAUACCGAAAUACGAGUCCUUGACAUAUCAGUCAAGGGCCAACUUCGAGUGUCUACAUCACCAGCUUAUGGUUGUUAUAAUGCAAAUGGUACUAUGACCAAACGAGUAUCGUCCAACCUUACAUCACCCAAAUUCUACAUUUCAUACACUGAGAACAAGUUCACUGCCAUUGGUUGCAACAUUGACGCGUUUAUAGAAGGCUAUGAUCAAGCACACGAGUAUAGCAGAAGAUGUGUAUCUUAUUGUGAUCCGGCUCCAGAUUUGGCGAAUGGAUCAUGCGCUGGCAUGGGUUGCUGCCAGACCAACAUUCCAAAACAAGUUUCGCAGUUUUUUGUGGAUGUAUAUGGUUUAUAUGAUAAGCAAACAGGUACAUUGGACUUUAAUCCCUGUAGCUAUGCUUUUGUGGUUGAGGAAAAUGCAUACAACUUCUCAACACUGGAUUUUGCUAAUUUAAGAAAUCGAACUGUAUUUCCUGUGGUGCUUGAUUGGGCUAUUGGGAACGAAACCUGCAAAGAUGCACGAAAAAAUCAGGAAACCUACGCUUGCAAGGACAGUAAUAGCAUAUGCUAUGACUCUGAUAAUGGCCUUGGCUAUCGCUGCAACUGCUCUGAGGGUUAUUGGGGGAAUCCAUACCUUACUAAUGGCUGUAAAGAUGUAAAUGAAUGUGAAAUUCCAAGCCUCAACAAUUGUGCUGGUGUUUGUGAGAACGCUAUCGGCAAUUAUAUUUGUUCUUGCCCCAGUUGGUAUGAUGGGGAUGGGAGAAAAGAUGGAAGCGGUUGCAAAGCUAUUCUAAAGACUCGCACCGGAGUCAUGAUUGGUGCAAGCAUUGGCCUUGUCAUUUUAUUUGUUUGUACUUCAGUUAUUUUGAUAAUCCGAAGACGAAGUGCAACAAAACUUAGAAAAAAAUACUUCAAGCAAAACGGAGGCAUCUUGUUACAAAAAUUACUCAAAGGCCACAGUUCAAAUGAUGCAGCACAAAUAUUUGCAGAAGAAGAACUAAAGAAAGCAACCAAUAACUUCAACAAGAACAUGGUCAUUGGCCAAGGAGGAUAUGGUGUGGUAUACAAAGGAAUAUUAUCAGAUAACAGAAUAGUUGCCAUCAAAAAGUCUAAGGCAAUAGAUAGAACCCAAAUUGAGCAAUUUGUCAAUGAGGUCAUCGUUCUUUCUCAAAUCCAUCAUCCAAAUGUAGUGAAACUCUUGGGUUGUUGUUUAGAGACUUCAGUUCCAUUACUAGUUUAUGAAUUCAUAAGCAAUGGCACCCUUUUCCACCAUCUUCAUGACAAAGAUUUUAUCCAAGCAUUGCCUUGGGAAACACGACUAAGGAUGGCAGAGGAGACUGCAGGAGCACUUGCAUGUAUGCACUCAAUGCAGAUCGUCCAUAGAGAUGUUAAGUCCACAAAUAUACUACUAGAUAAUGAACUCACAGCCAAAGUGUCCGACUUUGGAAUUUCAAGACUAGUCUCUUUUGAUCAAGAACAGAUAUCUACAUUGGUUCAAGGGACACUUGGAUACAUGGACCCUGAAUACUUCCAAACAGGAAUACUAACUGGAAAGAGCGAUGUUUAUAGCUUUGGAGUAGUUCUUGUCGAAUUGCUUACUGGAAAGAAGGCAAUUUGUUCUGAAUGUGAGGAGAAGAGUCUAGCCCUGUAUUUCAUUUCUUCAUUAAAGAAUGAUAUGCUUUUCGAUAUUUUGGAGGAAAGAGUGAAAGAUGAGGGAAAUGCUGAACAACUUGAGAGAGUUGCAGAGCUUGCAAGGAGAUGCCUGAUAUUAGAGGGAGAAAAAAGACCCACAAUGAAGGAAGUAUCAAAAGCUCUUGAGAUAUUGAGCCAGUUUUGACAAGAAACCGAGAAUGAAGCUUAAACACUAUAAUCUAGAGACUCAGUUCUUCCUUUAAUUGACAGAUGAAGAAGGAGAAAGGCAUAACCUUUGUAUAAAUUUUCCUCUUAAUCACUAAUUGAAAUAUUGUUUUCAGUAAUUGCAAAAGAAGUGGAAUCUCAUAAUAAAUAAUACAAUGCCAAUUCUUCCCA